CUUUAAAUUGUUUAGGUUGUUAAGUUAUUUACAAUAUAUUUGUAUUUUUAAAAUUUGUUAAUUUUUGAGUGGGCCAAUAUGGCGUGCGUUGAGACGUGAGAGAUAGAGAGGAGGUUAUCAGUGACUGUUGUCGAUCUAGAGAAUUGUGCCCUAGUGCUAGUGCCCGUCGAGGGAUGACUGUUACACCAGGAAGAUGGCGUCAUUGAAAAUACUGUGGAAAAACAUCCCUUACAUCUGGCAGCAGCUGAACGCCCUCCUGGGCAACACGAGCCCGUCCGUCAAGACGAUAUGCCUGGUCGUCCUCGUCGGCCACUUCCUCUCCUACUGGGACGACGCUGUGAACCUGGUAAGCGUCACCCCCGGCUACCUGAUCCCGCCCAGUUUCCGCGUCUGGACGGCUUUGACGUUCUGCUUCCUCGAGAUGCACUUCUGGGAGGUGUGCGUCGACCUUGUGACAGUCGGCCUGUGCGGGAAGCUGAUCGAGCCCCUCUGGGGCCAGCUGGAAAUGGUAGUUUUCUUCUUCGUCGUCAACCUGGGCGUAGCACUCCUCACAACGGCUUUCUAUCUCUUCUUGUACAUGUGCACGUUCAACGUCGACCUUCUGUUUUUCGUACAUGUACACGGAUUGGCCGGGUACAUAGCCGGGCUAUCGGUAGCUGUCAAGCAGGCCAUGCCGGACCAACUUUUACUAAGGACUCCGCUCGGGAAGCUCACUAACCGUAGUGUCCCACUUUGUCUGGUCCUCCUUUCACUCGGGCUGUACGCUUUCGGCAUGCUCGAAGGCACCAACCCAGCGAUGCUCAUCGCAGGGGUCCUCGUCUCUUGGACCUACCUCAGGUUCUACCAGCGGCACAGCAAUGGCAGCCGGGGCGACCUUGCCGACAACUUCUCCUUCGCAAGCUUUUUCCCCAAUGUUCUCCAGCCAGCGAUAUCCGUGAUAUCUAACAUGGUCUAUUCAGCGCUUGUGAAAGCUGGCCUGUGCAGACGUACGGUGAGGAAGUUCGACAUGUCCACCGCGCCGACCGGAGUCACAGUCACACUGCCCGGGAACGACCCGCACGACAUGGAAAGGCGCAGGCAAAUCGCUUUGAAAGCGUUGAACGAGAGGCUGAGCAAGUCGGAUGCCCUGCGAGGGGCCAGCGGCCAUUCGAGCCAGGCCGUACCCACCCCACCACAACAGAAAGAGACUGCGAUACAGAUAUCACCACCGUCCGAUGACCCUACCGCCCCGCUCCUGCCAAACCAAGUCAAGACGACAGCUCAGGUCCACCACGUCAUCGACACCUGAUGUCCACCGAGCUGAACGUUUCGCGAUUCUGUUUUCGUCUUCUGUAAAUAUUCUGUACAAAAACAAACAAAAAAGGGCAACACCCGCAUAAACCCUUUUCCUUCCAUUUUUUUUAAAUUAUUAUUAAAGGAUUUAUUAUUUUUAAGAAAUUGGUUUAAAAAAAAGUAUAUAUAUAUAAAGAAUACAGAAACAGAAGAAGAAAAAUAAUAAUCCUAUGUUAAGUUUUAUAAUGAUUGUACUAUUAUUUCCAAUUUAUUAUAUUUUAUUACAAAUAAUAAUUAUGUAUAUAGCAAUAUUUAUAUACUUAUUUCUUUUUAAGCUUAUUUCUGUAAAAAAAAAAAUAUAUAUAUAUACAUAUAUAAAUUUAUUAAGAAAAAAUUAAAAAAGGCAAAAACAAUGAAAAUUCAGGACAGGAUAAGACUAGUCAAUACGAGUGUUUGCCUAACAAAAAAUAAUAAAAAAUAUUUAAAAAAAGAUCUGAUGAACGCAAUUUGUAAUUAAUUUUUCUUUUUAAAUGAUUAAGCAUGGAUGUUGACGAGUGAGUGAGUCGUAUGACAGGCGGGAAUAAAUGUGAUAAUUUUGUUAUAGUCUUAAUGGA